AUGUUGCUUAGUUUAGAUUCUUUUCUUUCAUUUAAUUUAAAAAUUCGAUUUAUUAGCAGAAUCUUCUACAUUGCAAUUUCUUUAACCUCUUCUUUCUUUCUUUUCUUUUCUUUCUUUUCUUUCUUUCCUUCUUUAACCCUUCAAAAUUUUUUUCUUUCUUUCUUUCUUUCUUUCUUUCUUUUUUCUUUCUUUAGAUUUUUUCAUUUCUUUUCUUUCCAUUCCGUCAUUUUUUUCUACUCUUCCUUUAGUUUUCAUUUUUUCCUUCAACUUUUUUCUUUACUUUAUCUACCUUCAUUUUCUUUCUUUCUUUCAUUCUUUUUUAACCUUUUUUUUCUUUUAGUUCUUUCUUUAACCUUUCCUUUCUUUCUUUCUUUCUUUCUUUCUUUCUUUCUUUCUUUUCUUUUUUUUUCUUUCUUUCUUUUGAUAAAAAAUUUCUUUCUUUCUUUCUUUUCUUUCUUUUUUCUUUUCUUUCUUUUCUUCUUUCUUUUAAUGCUCUCCUUUCUUUCUUUCUUUUCUUUUUUUCUUUCUUUCUUUCUUUCUUUUCUUUCUUUCUUUUCUUUCUUUCUUUCUUUCUUUCUUUUCUUUUUCUUUUCUUUUUUUUUUUUUUUUUCUUUCUUUCUUUUUAACCUUCUCCUUUCUUUCUUUUUUUUUUCUUUUAACCUUUUCUUUUUUUUCUUUCUUUCAUUCUUUUAUCCUCUCCUUUCUUUCUUUUGUCUUUCUUUAACCUUCCUUUCCUUUCUUUCUUUCUUUCUCUUUUUCUUUCUUUCUUUCUUUCUUUCUUUUCUUUUUUUCCUCUCCUUUUUUUUCUUUCUUUCUUUCUUUCUUUCUUUUCUUUCUUUCUUUCUUUCUUUUUCUUUCUUUCUUUUAAUCUUUUUUUUUUUUUCUUUUUUAACCUCUUUUCUUUCAUUCUUUUAUUCUUUCUUUCUUUCUUUUUUCUUUCUUUAA